AUGGUAAACUCUACCUUUGACCCCAACACUAAUAUUAGUUUAUGCAAGUACAGGAGUCUCCCUGUGUUUUUAAAAGAUAAUCCUUACAUUGUGAAUGGUUACAGACCUAUCUUAUCGGUGCCUUUGUGUGUUAAAAGCAUUUUUAUCUGGUCAAAUGAAUUCAUCAACAUCUGGUCGCAUCUGUUGGGUUUCCUAAUUUUCUUCCUCCUAACUCUCCACCAUGUUUUGUUUGUGCCCAGCUCGAUUGUGAAGUUUCAAGAUAGAUUUGUUAUCAUUUGUGGGAUGCUUUGUUAUCAGGCUAGUGUUUGCCUAAUUUGUUCGGCUAGCUUCCACAUCUUCAAAUGCCAUUCACCGGAGAUGUAUAGGAAAUUCUUAAACAUUGAUCUCUUUGGCAUAUCGUUGGGCUUAGUGGGGUGCUAUUUUCCUGGUUUGUAUCUCGGCUUCUUAUGUUUUCAAAGCUGGCAAAACUUGUACAUGUUCUUAUUAGUCCUCAUCUUGAUGGCGUUAUUUUACUGGCAUUGGAAUUUAGGUGCCCUAGAUAGCCAAAAAUUCGAUUUUGUUAAUAAUAAUUCUUUCGUCGUUCCUUCUAUACAUUGGGUCUAUCUGAAUGGCGGGCUUGGUUCAGCUUUCGUCCAGGAGUUCGGCUUGAAAAUUAUGAUCCUCUACAUUCUGCUCGCACUGGCCUUCUCGUUCUACAUAUCGAAAUUUCCCGAGAGGUUUUUUCCAGGCCGUUUUGAUUACGUUGGCUCCAGCCAUCAGCUCUGGCAUAUUUUUAUCUUUCUUUCAUUUCUAUGGUGGUACGAUUGCGGGGUUAAGUUGUCUAUGCAAUUAUCGACCAACGAAAACUGUUGA